GCAGGCGGACCGCAGGGAGAGGGAGAGAUUUUAGGAAGGGACAGUUAACAAAAGUUGAAGAAGCGGAAGAAAUCAUGACACCAAACGGUCAGCUCAUCGAUCGCCUCUCCUCGCCAUUCAGCCUGACAUUCCUCAUCAUGGCGCUCAUGUCACCUAUGAAAUAUUGAUUUUUGGCAUCAACACCAACUUGAGGAUAAUAUGCCGGGAAACGGAUGAGAACUAACGUUACCGCAGUCGCCUGGAAUUGCUUGUUGGAUAUUGAAUCCGGUGCUCGGGGGUUCGUUUUUCCGUUCGUGUAGCCUAAUUAGCGUUUAAGAGGAGGGUUAUCGGAUCCGCUAUUUUCCAGAUCAUAUUUGAGCAUGGGAAUGUCGUCUCUGAGCUCAUAGUCCCGCGGGAAAUGAUGCAGCCGCGCGUGGACGUCAAGAUGGGAGAUGCCGCAGAGAUCAAGGAGAGCAGGAGGACCUUCAUCGUGCCCUCCAUCAAAUCUGUGGAUCACUAUGACUUCAGCAGGGCCAAGAUAUCCUGCAGUUUGACGUGGCUCAUCGCCAAAGCCUUUGGAUCUGACUGUGUGCCAGUGGAGUUGGAGGACCCUUUUUACCGGGACCAGUAUGAGCAAGAGCACGUGAAGCCACCCGUAGUGUCUCUGCUUCUCUCUGCUGAGUUGUAUUGCCGUGCGGGCAGUCUGAUUCUCAGGAGCGAUGCUGCUAAACCCCUGUUGGGUCAUAACGCUGUCAUUCAGGCCCUCGCUCAGAAAGGCCUGUAUGUCACUGACCAGGAGAGACUCGUGACUGAGAGAGACCUCUGCAAGACCCCCAUACAGAUGAGCUCUCACUUGGCGAUGAUUGACACGUUAAUGAUGGCCUACACAGUUGAAAUGGUCAGCGUAGAGCGAGUUCUUAGCUGCAUCCAGAAAUUCACUCCUUUCCUUCCCGAGGAAGACUUUCCGUAUGAUGCUGAAGAGGCUGUGACAACAUGGAUCAACAAGGUAAAUGAACAUCUGAGAGACAUUUUGGGCCAAGAAAAAAUAGUUAAAGAUGCAGAUGGACACUGCACCCUUCAAAAGGGGAAGUACAGAAGAGAUGAUACUAAAGCACGUCCAGCUCUUUGUGUCCCCCUGGUGGAUAGUCUCCUCAAGGACAACACAGACGGCUGCGCUCUUGCUCUGCUGCUGCACUUCUACUGUCCUGAUGCUGUGCCACUGGAAGAUGUCUGCGUCAAAGAAACGAUGUCAUUGGCUGACAGCCUGUACAAUCUCCAGCUGAUCCAGGAGUUCUGCAAAGAAAACCUCAACAACUGCUGUCACUUCACCCUGGAGGACAUGCUCUACGCCUCCAACACCAUCAAGAGCAACUACCUUGUGUUUAUGGCAGAGCUGUUCUGGUGGUGUGAAGUUGUGAAGCCGUCUUUUGUUCAGCCUCGCACUCUUAAUUCCCAAGCUUCUGACACAUCUCACUCCAAUAAAAUGGCUCCCAUAACCAAACAGAACCUAAUCCACAGACCAGGCAGUCCCGAGCAAACUAGGUCGCAACCUAAUAAUGAUAGCUCAGCAGUUAUCAGGCGGUCGUCCUCCAUGUCAUAUGUGGAUAGCUGUGUAGGGACAUGGCCUAAAGAGAAACGGUCUUCAGCUCAUGGAAUAUCGUUUGAGAUUCCUCUUGAUGACAGGACGAGUUCAUCUUCAGGACGUGGACUGAGCCGGUCAGUGAGCACAGAAGGUUUGGGUUUUAAAGUUCACCAUGCGGCCAGAGGUAUGCGGAGAAACCUUUCAUUCCAGCCGGUUAAUGGAAACGCUCACAGCAAAAUACACGAGGAGGACGACGAAGAGUGCAACAGACCAAUCAGCAGGCAUCGUCUGGGGACCUACACUGGGUAUACAAACGGCGUAUCGACAGGUAACCCAAGUCCUCCGUAUGAUGCUCAGCCCAGCACUCCUAGUAUAGAAGAAGCCCUGAAGAUCAUUCAUGACUCUGAGCGACCCCACAGCAGCUUGCCGCCACCAUCUGGGGAAAGCGCCUUUUUCUUGCACAACCCAUCGUCCUCUAACUCUGCCUCUGACCCCAAUGAACCAGAGGACUCGCUUAACAAGGCCAGAGCAGAUGAUGCUGACCUGAAUUCCACCUCUACUGACAUGGACACUGGAAUCCACGUCCGUACAGAGGACAUUCAGGAUGGACAGGAUGAGGAUUCCUCCUUGAAGGACUACUCAGACAUGGACCAGGACUAUGAGGCUCGUUCCUGUCCACUUCCAGACACGUCCGGCAGUCCGUGCCCAAGUCUUUUGGGAACACGAUCUCUGGCGACCAGCAUGGCCUCCUCAUUGGGCUCAGCAAUACGCAUGACCAGCUUUGCCGAACAGAAGUUUCGCAAACUAAACCACGGCGAUGGCCGCAGCAGUGGCAGUGGUGGAAACACACCUGAAACUGCAGAACUGAACGUCACAACUCCAGGAGCGUCCGGGACAGUUCGGUCAGUUACUCCUGAUGCACGUAGUCCUGCGCGAAUCACGUCCCCUCGUGAUCCCUCACACCUUCUGGCAUCCGAAAUGGUGCAGUUGAAGAUGAAGCUGGAGGAGAAACGCAGAGCCAUCGAGGCCCAGAAGAAGAAAGUGGAAGCAGCUUUCACGCGUCACCGUCAGCGAAUGGGCAGAACCGCCUUCCUCAAUGUGGUCAGACGUAAAGGAGUCGUUUCGCCACUUGGGGACAGCAGUGAAGGCCCUGACGGUCGAGAAAAAACAACCAAUGAUCCAGAACCCCAAAAGUCACCCUUAACUUUAAACGACUCCAAUGCUAGGCUUGAGAGAUGCCGACCAGAUGGCGCUCCACCAAAAUCUCCUCUGGAGGAUGCAGGAGUAGAGGUGGACCUGACAGAGUACACUCGGUCAAUCGAGCGAUUGAACACGUCUCUGGGUUUCCUGCAGUCGGAGAUGCAGCGUUUGGCGCAGCAGCAGGAGCGAAUCAUGCAGAUGCGUGAACACCAGAGUUGGGUGAUUUCACCACCUGAUCCUUCACCGCGGAAACAAUUUCGUGAACUGCGCAGUAGCAGUGUAGUUGGCCGAGGUUCGGUGGGAUCGCUCUCUCCUAUUUUAUCAUCCACUGGCUCUCCGCGCACUACACACCGCUCACCUUCUACAAUCAAAAGGAAAUCGGCAUCUUUCCAUGCAAGGACGCCACGAACGCCAAGACCCAAUGACCUUAAGGUCACUCCCUUCAGCCGCAUGCUCAACACGCCACAGUCUGUGGACAGCCUUCCUCGACUUAGACGUGUAUUACCAAGUCAGCCGCAAAUCAGUUCAUUCGCCUAUUUGGGAUCUGAUGAAAGAGCUUUAAGUAAAGAGCAAAGCGCUAAAGAAAAGCCAUGUAAACCUGAAUCCAAAGACACAGCUGCAGAUCAGAUGAGUGAAAAGCAGAAAGAGGAAAAAAGAGAUGCUGGAGACAGUGACAAACUCACAAAAGCAUUGACAUCUGAGGUCACAGCCAGUGGGAACACAAAUGAGAAAGAGUCUGAGGAGAGUAAGGAUUUGAUUGAGGUUCCUCUCUCGGUUCUGAAGCCUCUAGAUGGACAUGAGUUGGAGAGCAGCAGGGAAACAGAGACUGGGCUAGAAUCCAAACCAGACCAGAAGAUGUGCUGUGGGUUCUUCUACAGGGAUGACCUGCAGGGAGAGGAAGACAUUGCACAGAAGAAAGCGGCUCUGAUGGAGAAGAGGCUGCGGAGGGAGAAGGAGAUGCAGAUCAAGAAGCAGCAACAGGAGGCUGAGAUAGAACAGAAGAAAGAAGCAGCACGUAUGAAAGCGGAAGAGGAACGUCAGAAAAAGGAAGAUGAGAAGGCGAGACGGGACUUCAUAAAACAUGAGUAUAUGAGGAGGAAGCAGCUGAAACUGAUGGAGGACAUGGACAGUGUCAUUAAGCCCUGUCCUCCUGGAGCCAAGCAGAAGAAACCACGGCCCAAAUCUAUGCACAGAGACAUCAUGGAGUCUCCAAAACCUCCAACACGGACAGCCACAGGGUCACGUCCUCGUGGAUAUUCAGUGUCCAGCAUAUCACUCGCCUCCCUGAACUUAGCAGACAAUGAGAGCAUCCAAUCAGAUAAGAGAACAUCCAGGCCAGAGUCUGCAGAGGGCUUUCUGUCACCCUGUCCUUCUGUUAGCGGAAACGGGGAAAACUGGGAGCUGGAAUCAACAUCAUCCGCAGCGUCUAACACAGAAUACACAGGGCCAAAGUUGUACAAGGAGCCCAGUGCGAAAUCAAAUAAAUACAUCAUCCAGAACGCACUGGCGCACUGCUGCCUUGCAGGCCGCGUCAAUGAGGGACAGAAGAACAAGAUCCUGGAGGAAAUGGAGAAAACCGAUGCCAACAACUUCCUGAUUCUGUUCCGAGACACUGGCUGCCAGUUUCGCUCUCUAUACACCUACUAUCCUGAAGCAGAGGAGAUCAACAAGCUGGCCGGCAUCGGGCCCAAGACCAUCACACCCAAAAUGAUCGAAAACCUCUACAAAUACAGCUCGGAUAAAAAGCAGUUCAGCAAAAUCCCCGCCAAGACCAUGUCAGCGAGUGUGGACGCCAUCACCAUCUACAGCCACCUCUGGCAGAGCAAGAAACAAAACACAGCCAAAAAACUCCUCAAAUAACACUUCUCUUAUCACGCACAUCCUGAAUGUAAAGAGAGAAAAAACACUUCUGCAGGCUUUCCUGGAUGUUCAUUUGUGUUCUUCAGCACACACUUGUCCCUUAUGUGUGUGUUGGUGUGUGUGUGUGUGUAUGCAGCACUGACGGAUGCGCUUUUUUACGUGGUUUUAAUUUGAUGUGUUCAAUUAUGUGGCCUUAUGCUUGUCUUGUUGGGUCUUUUAAGCAAUGCUUACAUUUACUGAGUUCAUGAGCAAGCCAUUGCAUUGUUCGACGAUCAAUCUGCUUCAUAUUUGUUUGCAGAAAUGCAGGAGUAAAGGAAUAUUUAGGGACUCUCUACACUUGAAGAAGGUCUUGAAAACGAGGAUGCAUUUAAUGUACUGGAAACAUCUUCACAAAUGAACUCUCUCGCUUUAUUUAAUGUCUGCGUUUUAUAUAUUUUGUGAUAAAUCUUGUCGCACAUCUGUAGGCCUGUCAUGAUAAAUCAUUUCUGUUGUGCGCUAUAUAUAUAUCUCCUCAUCCACCACCAGUGUGCAGCAUUCACGACAGCAGAUAUGUUGCAUCAGACUGCACACCACACACCAUCUGAUUGGUGGAGAGGAAAAUGAGCGAUUAAGCCAAUUAUGAUAUGGGGAUGGUUAGGAAGCCAUGAUGGACAGAGGCCAGUGGGCAAAUUUGGCCUGAAUGCCAGGGUUAAACCCCUUCUAUUUUUCGAAGGACAUUCUGGGAUAUUUAACUACCACAGAGAGUCAGGAGAGAGUCUCAUCCAAAAGACGGCGCUCACUGAUCAGUAUAGAGUCCCCAUCAAUAUACCGGGGCGUUAGGACUCACACAAACCGCACGUUGAGUGCCCCCUGCUGGUCUCACUAACACCAUUUCCAGCAGCAGCCCAUGUGGUCCCCCAUCCAGGUACCGGGCACAGCUCUGCUUAGCUUCAGUGGGCGACCAUGUGAGAGUUGCAGAAAGCUAGCUGCCGGCAUAUUAUCACAGAAAGUAUUGCGAUACGUGAUAAGGCCAGUGGUUAAAUAAUGAUUAUACAACAGCAUGAUAGUAUACACUUUCAAUGGACAAAAGCUUUUCAUUCUUAAAGGGAUGGUUCACCCCAAAAAUACUAAUUUCCUCAACAUUUGCGCACACUCAAGUGGUUUUAAACUUUUAUGAAUUUCUGUCUCCUGUUGAACACAAAACAAGGUAUUCAGUGGCGCAGUAGGUAGUGCUGUCACCUCACAGCGAGAAGGUUGCUGGUUCGAGCCUUGGCUGGGUCAGUUGGCGUUUCUGUGUGGAGUUUGCAUGUUCUCCCUGCGUUCGCGUGGGUUUCCUCCGGGUGCUCCAGUUUCCCCCACAGUCCAAAGACAUGCGGUAUAGGUGAAUUGGGUAGGCUAAAUUGUCUGUAGUGUAUGUAUGUGUGUAUGUUUCCCAGUGAUGGGUUGCAGCUGGAAGGGCAUCUGCUGCGUAAAACAUAUGCUGGAUAAGUUGGUGGUUCAUUCUGCUGUGGUCACCCAAGAUUAAUAAAGGGACUAAGCUGAAAAGAAAAUUAUUUUUUUUCCAACAUUCUUCAGUAUAUUUUCCUUUGUGUGCAACAGAAGAAAGGAACAUAAACUGGCCUAAACCAUGAAGCCAGUUUAGUUUACACCAAUCCUGAGUUAAUCCCCAGAACAGAUUAACCUUUAAGUGUGUUACCAUGGCAACAAAGAUCGAUUAAAGCAGAGCUACUUACAUGGUACCUAAAACCCAACAUUGGUGCAAACUAAACAGCCUGAUUUCAUGAGGAAACAUAACUAUUUUACGUUUUGUCAGUUUAGUGGCUAAUUCGUAUGAGUUCAGUCUUACAAAAUUUUAAGAUUUAAAAAAAUGAGGUGUGAAAUCCAACGCCACCCUUAAACCCAACCGUUAUUGGGGGAUUAGCAAAUCUAAUUUAAUUGUACGAAUGAGAUCAUACAAAUUCAUACGAAUCAGCCACUAAAGUUACGAAUUGCUGUGAGAUUGCGUUGAACUAUACUGAAACUUAUCUGGCUAACCAGCUAAUCCGGCUUCAUGGUACAGGCCACAGGUUUGAAACUAUUUGAUGAUGAGUAAAUGAUGACAAAAUUUAGGACUUUUAGAGCAGGUUAGCCUUGAAGGGUAAGUUACCAUGGUAACAAAAACAAUUAUAACUGAGCUACCUUCAUGGUACCUAAAAGAUUAGUGCAAACUAAACUAAAACUUAACUGGCUAACCAGCUAAUCUGGAUUCAUGGUAGAGGCCACAGGUUUGAAACAAGUUAAUGAGUAAAUUAUGACAAAAAAAUUUCAUUUAGACUUUUAGAGCAGGUUAGCCUUGAAGUGUAAGUUACCAUGGCAACAAAGAUUGAUUAAAGCUGAGCUACUUUCAUGGUACCUAAAACCCAAGAUAAGUGUAAGCUAAAUAGCCUGAUCCCACAAGGAAACAGAACUAUUUUACGUUUUGUCAGUUCAAAAUUUUCAAAAUUUUACGAGUUUUAAAGGAGGCGUGGAACCCAACCCUGCCCCUAAACCCAAACGUCAUUGGGGAUGAGCAAAUCUAACUAAAUUGUACGAAUUCAUACGAAUUAGCCACUAAAGUUACGAAUUGCCACGACAUUGCGUUGAACUAAACUGAAACUUAACUGGCUAACGCAGCUGGAAGGGCAGCCACUGCGUAAAACAUGCUGGAUAAGUUGGUGGUUCAUUCCACUGUGGUGACCCCUGAUAAAUAAAGGGACUAAGCCGAAGGAAAAUGAAUGUUGACUACUGUAUAUCAAUGUAUUGCAAUAUAUGAAAUAUUGUGACAGGCCUACACAUCUGCUACUCCAGAGGAACGUGUGUAAAUUUUGCUCCUGUAUACGAGUCUUUCUACAAAAUGGACACACUUGUGUUCUUCUGUAUCUAUCAUGUAAAUGAAAUGAUGGAGUCUUUAACUGAAAAAGUUGAGGACCAAAAUAAAACAAGCUUUAGCUUUAGAGUCAGAAAAAAACAUUCCUACAUUUGUUGCUAUCACUAGUGUCAUGGCCCAGAAUAUCUGGGUGCCAGGUAUGUUCGAAACAUACACUUUAGAGAGAGUGCAUUUCCUCACGAAACACUGAGCUAUUGAAUAUCAUGUAAUGAAGCUUUCAAAGAAAUGGUGCGCAUUGUUGCUAAAUCGUGUGAUAACUCGUUUUCUAAUCAUGAAGUGCAUUUUAAUGAGCUGGGGUUUCGGGCAGGCUGUCGUCUGGUUAACUCGUUUUGUCUUCAGGUGCAAAGGAACGGAAAGAUAUUUGUUAUUUUUACUAAGUGAAGUAAAAUCAUCCUUUGAAUUUAUUGAUGCUGUACAGAUAUAGUUUUACACACUAAGCAUAUUUUUUAAGCCAUUGAAUAUAACUGAUAUUUUUCAUAUUAAAAAGAUGAUGUUUAAUGAGUGCAAGUGUGGGUCGGUCCUGGGUGACGGGAUGUGAAGAGAGAGCGGUUUUCAGAGAUGUUCGUUUCCACACGCUGUCUAAUCUUUUUCCAGUUCAUGUCCGCUGUGUUUGUUCAUCAUCAGCUUUGUCUGUUUGUAUUUGAAUGUUAACCUCGACAUAAAUACAGAUUUACAUC